AUGGAAAUUUUACAUUAUGCAUUUGAUGAUGAAUAACUACUUUGUAAAUUUGACACUAAAUUUGUUAUUUUGUUUCAAAACCUCUUGAAGAAAUCUCAAACUUAAUCCAAUAUUUUAUAAUACAUUAAAAUUUAGCAACUUGAUAAUUAUUAAUUGCAAAAAUAUUUUAAUUAGAAUAAAUGUUACUUAUGA